AUGUCACAACGAAACCGCAGCGGACGCGGAUCGAGUCGCAACAACGGCGGCUCGCAUGGCGAAGAGGCACAAAUAUGGGACUCUUGCAAAGGUCACUUGGGCGAGAUUAUCAAUGGCAUCAAUGCCGAAAACGACAGCCUAAAAGAGCUCGUCGGUCUGGACAAGCAGGUUGGCGCCAUGGACCCCAACAAGAUCCCCAACGAGUCGCUCAAGAGGAUGGAGAAUCUCUGCCGGUCCGGCGUCAAGUUCUCCGAGGCCAACAUUACGGCCCUUAAAAACGUCACGGAGCAACUGAAGAUUUUGCGCGCCGUCGUCGUCGCUAAAGAGCAGUCCGAGGCGGCGGCUGCCGGUCCGAGCAAAAGAGCUGCCAGGGACAGCGCACCGACUUCCUCUCUCUACGACUUUGACGCCGCCGGCGACUCGCCCGUUCCGAGUCCCAUGGCCGGCCCGAGAAAACAGAGCGAGCGGAACAAGGACCGCGACCGCGAACGGGAUAGCAUACCGCCCAAGGCAGAGAGCGUCGAGCCGCCCGGCUCGGCCAACAAGUCCAAGGUCGUCUUUGUCAAGGGCGAUGCCGUGGCCUUCAAGCCCAAGGCCAACCCGACAGAAGGCAUGGCCGACUGGAUCAUGGGCGAGGUGGCGCAGGUGAUUGGCGACGGAAAGAACCGCCGGUACAAAGUGCUCGAUAUCGAGCCAGACGACCACAGCAAGCAAAAGGAGUACAGGUCGAGCGCGAGCAACAUGAUUGCCAUUACGCCAGAGAGCCAGGCCAGCACGCUGGAGGACUGGAAGAAGAGCCAGGUUGUGCUGGCGCUGUACCCAAACACGACGACGUUUUAUAAGGCCGAGGUGCACAGCAUGGAUGGUGCGGGCAAGGUAAAUCUCAAGUUUGAGGGCGAAAAUGACUCGACGACUCUGCAACAGGUUGAGCGACGCUUUGUGAUUGAGUAUCGGGCAUGA